AGAACAACACCAAGCUUCUGUUCGAAACUCUGCCUCCAAUCCUCCCAGAGCAUUCAAUUCAUUCAUAAAUACUCUCUUCUUUCCCCCAUUGUGUAUAUAAGGUAUAGCCACGCAUGGUUGUUGGAUCAUACCAACCCCUCUACGAACCCAGCGACACUCAAUGCCGUUACCUGAGCCUACAGCUGUCCUUACCUAGCGCUGCACCCACGAUCCGACUUAUCUCGACCGCGACAACAUGUCAUACACCCCUUCGAUACCAAUGGCCGCUGGGGCAAGACCAGCCCCUUAUGGAGCUCACCCACCACAUGCGCCGGCCAUUCCGCAAGGGACCUUCUCUCCGGGCACCAAGAUCACUGUGGGGGGGCACAAGGUCGUCAUCCAGAAAUACUUCUCCGAGGGUGGCUUUGCCCAUGUCUACCUGGUCAAGAUGCCGGAGCCCAAGGAUGGCACCCAUAUUGCGGUGCUCAAACGCGUUGCCGUGCCCGACAAGGACUCCCUGGGGAACAUGCGGACGGAGGUCGAGACGAUGAAGAAGCUCAAGGGUCACCGCCCCAUCGUAAAAUACUACGACUCACACGCCUCGCAACUCAAGGGCGGCGGAUACGAGGUCUUCCUGCUGAUGGAGUUCUGCAGCGGCGGCGGGCUGAUCGACUUUAUGAACACACGACUACAGAAUCGGCUUACGGAGCCGGAGAUAUUGAAGAUAUUCUCAGACGUCACGGAGGGCGUGGCCUGCAUGCACUACCUCAAGCCGCCGCUAUUGCAUCGCGAUCUCAAGGUUGAGAAUGUUCUCAUAACGAAAACCUCAAGCGGGGAAAGACGCUACAAGCUCUGCGACUUUGGCUCUACGGCGCCGCCGAGGGCGGCUGCGACCACAGCCGCGGAAUGCCGACUUAUCGAAGAAGAUGUACAAAAACAUACCACUUUACAGUACAGGAGUCCGGAGAUGGUUGAUGUAUAUCGCAAACUGCCCAUUGACGAGAAGUCCGAUAUUUGGGCUCUUGGCGUGUUAUUAUAUAAGCUGUGCUACUACACUACUCCUUUCGAAGAGAAAGGGCAACUUUCAAUUCUUAAUGCUAGCUUCAAGUUCCCUGCGUUCCCUGUCUUUUCAGACAGGCUAAAGUUGAUGAUUGCGACAAUGCUCCGUGAGAACCCAGAUGAGCGGCCAAAUGUAUAUCAGGUACUCCGCGAAGCAUGCCAUUUGCAAGGUAUCGAAGUACCUAUUAAAAAUAUAUACGCUGGGGGAAACGACUUACAUAUGAAACGAAACCAGUCAUUACCCAACCCCCACACACAUGCGUCUCCUGCCGUAGGCGCUGCGUUCUCACCACCAACCCAGCAAAAGGCUGCGAUUCCAGAUGUGAUACCCAUGCGCCGAGGCCGGCCAACUACGACACCCCAGGCCCCAGCUCCAAAGCCAACGCCGUCUCCUAUGCGCGUGACGAGCGACGACCCAUUUGCAGCAUUGGAUGCAAAGUCCGCUCCCCCGACCGACGAGCUUUCCUCGAAGUUCCCCAGCAUAGACCAAUUUUCUCUUUUGCACGAGAAGGGCUCAAAGUUCGAAUUUGAUAGUACUUCGCCAACGACAUCCUCAAAACCAAAGGACUUGAACCAGAGAGUGACAGAGAAGCUGGCUGAUAAUGCGUUUGCCGCUUCUGCGCCACGCACUGGAGCGGGACCAUCCUCCCAAGCUAGGCCAUCGACCAGCUCGAUGAGCAAAGCGCAGCAGAUCAUAUUCAACACGCCUGAGUUACAAGCAACUAUAUCCCCGCCGUCAGAGGAAAAAGUGCCAACCACGUACAAACCCAAGUCGUCAUACGUGUCGGAAGGCACCAUGACAUCCCCCAGCCAGCCAACAGAUUUCCAAUAUAAACCAGCGCCUAUACACCGCUUCCCGCCAUCCGAUCAGCAUAGAUCAGUAAGCCUCCCACGCAACCGUGCUUCUAUAGAAUUGGAGGCACCCAAUCGGGGACUCCUAUCAGAGUCUCCUCAACCAACAGCAGCAUCGAGAAGCUGGUCUUCUCAACUAAAGGCUGCCGAGAACAAGCGGCCUGUCUCCUCCAGGCCCUCCCUCGAAACAGUUCGCACCAGCAACGAUGACCUGGAGCCAGUCCCGAGAAAUCUCCCCAAAGAUGCCCGUCCUCGACCAUCCAGCGCAUACCUAGAAUCGCACAUGGAAUUCCUCCGUGACCGCGAACAAUCCCAGCCCAAGACAAACUUCCUCGGCAAGGCGCUUCCCCACGCCAAAACCACGGACGCGCCACCCCCACGCACCUCCCCCCCCGAACCAGCCUUCCUAGAUGAAGACCCCAACAUCGAGUCCAACGUCGAGUUCCUCCGCCAAAUGGAAGACCAAGACUCCUCCUCGCGCGGCCACAAAUCCCGCAGCAGCAUCUCCGGGAACAAACCCAAGCGCGCCUCCCUCCCCUCCAUGACCCUCGCCGGCACCAAGAACCUCUUCGCCGGCAAGUUCGGCGACGCAUUCAAGCGCUUCGAGAGCAACGCCGCCACCCCCCCGCGCUCCCGCUCCCCAUCCCCCGACCACGACCUCGACGCCCGCUUCCUCACCCCCAUCGCUGGCUCCGAAGCCACAGACGACCGCAGCGACGACGGCCGCCCUGACGACGCCGCCCUGUCGGGCGAACAGCGCCGCGAAGCCGAGCGUCUCCGUCUCGCUGCCGAAGAGCGCCGCGUCGCACAAGCAGCUGCGGAGUACCGCCAGCGCGUCGCCCACCGCGAUCCCUCCUCCGCCACUGGACCUCCGCCCCGAAGCAUCGGGGGGGUGUUGAGAGCGGCGACGAUCCAGAACAAGGUGAAGACCCUGCUCGAUGAGAAUGCGCGCCCUGAACCGGCGCGCACGGCACAUGGGUAUGGUCACUUUACUGAUGAUGACGCUGCGCAGCAGGGCGAGGCGUCCUCAUCUUCAUCCUCCCAGCAGCAGCGCGAGCGCGAGAGGCCUGGCGCGACGCAGCAGCAGCAGCAGCAGCAGAAACAGCAGCCGAUUGCGUGGAGGCCUGUAGGCAGCGCCGCGCCAGCGGCGAGGGGGGGCCGGCCGAACGCCCCGCCGAAACCGGUGCAUUUGCACACGGGGCGGGGUGGGAAGGGGGGGUAUGCGGCGCCGCCGGAGGAGAGGGGAGCGCCGCAGAUGCCGCUAGGGAUGGGGGAGAUGAAGGUUGAUAUGAGUCAGAGGGAGAAGGAUGAGUAUAUUAGGGAUUUUAGUCGGAGGUAUCCGAGUUUGAGUGGGAUUGAGAUGGUGGAGACGGUUGUGGGGGAAGGGGGGAGGAGUAGGGAGGUUUAG